CCAACGGUGACUACUCGAAGCAGACACCCCAUAUCUGAUAUAGGGACAUCGUUUAAUAUUAAUCCCCAUAUAUCCAAUAUUUUCCCAUUUUCUAACAAAAUUCCAUCCUGGUUUCAACUUUUUGUUUGCUUCUAUCUGUACAAUUCAAUAAACAUAUCCAAUUUUUUUUGAAAGCCAAAAAGGAAAAAGAAAAAGGAUGGGUGUUGAUGAGGAGAAAUCAGAGGGUGAAGGAAAAGUUUGGAGUCUUUGUAGAAUGCCAUUUUGGCAGACGAGUAGCAGCAAUGGCAAUGGCUCUUCUUCAUCUUCGUCUUCAUCAUCCAUGGGCAACAACAAUGUUUAUCAGCAAAGCCAGAGUGGUCAGCUUGGUGAAAGAUCAACUGUGACUUCUUCAAAAGCAGUUUCUUCCAUUGCAAAAUCUUUACUUCCUACUCGUAGAAGACUCAAGCUUGAUCCUUCCAACAAGUUAUAUUUUCCUUAUGAACCAGGUAAACAGGUAAGGAGUGCCAUUGGGAUUAAAAAUACUAGCAAGUCUCAUGUAGCUUUCAAGUUCCAAACAACUGCACCAAAGAGUUGUUACAUGCGACCUCCAGGAGGUAUACUAGGUGCUGGUGAAAGUCUUAUUGCAACUGUAUUCAAGUUUGUGGAACCUCCGGAGAACAAUGAGAAACUAAUAGAACAAAAGAGCAGGGUUAAGUUCAAGAUCAUGAGCUUAAAAGUGAAAGGAGAAGCAGAUUAUGUCCCAGAAUUGUUUGAUGAGCAAAAGGAUGAAGUUGCAGUCGAACAGAUUCUACGUGUCGUUUUUCUUGACCCAGAACACCCUUGUCCAGCACUGGAAAAACUUAAACGUCAAUUGGCUGAGGCUGAGGCUGCACUUGAAGCAAGCAAAAAGCCUCCAGAAGACACAGGACCACGUAUAGUUGGUGAAGGACUCGUCAUAGAUGAAUGGAAAGAACGAAGGGAAAGAUACCUAGCUCGGCAGCAGGUUGAAGGUGUUGAUUCUGCAUAGAAAUGCAAUCGUUAUAAUGCUUUGGGCCUUCUAUUAGUAACAAAGUUGUUGACUUUGGCAGAACAGAGUGAUAUUAUCUUUAUGUUGUUCAUUAUGGUUCUCUAGUUUUGUGAUUACACAAAAGAAACUUAAGUGUUUAAGAUUUUAAGAGUUAGUUGUAUGAUUCAAAAAGGUUUGCUUUCUGUCUGUGUGUCACAGCAGGAGCUUUAGAAGGUGUUCCCAACAGUAUGGAAAUAGAAAAACAUAUAGAAUGAGAGCCUACUCGUUUAAGACUGUCUCUUAACAAUGAAAGAGAAAGAGAGUGAACAAAUGCUGAAUCCUAUUACUACAUUACAAACAUGUUAAGCCAACUGC